AUGGAUGAAACUGUCGCUGAGUAUAUCCGAAGAACUGUCCUAAAAAUCCCACGUAAUGAAAUCAAGAUAUUGCUACAGAAAUGGGGCUUUCUCUCUGAGGCACAGCUGGAAACCAUUAACUUCCAUCAGAUAAAGGAUAACAUUUCUCAACAAGUUGUUCAGCUCUGUGAGGAAAAUUCUGCUGACAUAAAGCAAGCUGCUGUCCUAGACAUAAUUUACAACUACAUCUACCCAAACAAAAGAGUGUGGAGUGUUUACCAGAUGAAGAAAACAGGGGAAGAAAUAGAAAUUUUUGACUUGAAAGAUUUCAAAAAAGAAUUUAAAAGACAACUUCGGUCAGCCUUGAAAAAUGUCACCAUCAGCUUUAGAGAAUAUGAGGAUAAUGCGAUCUGGAUUAGAAUUGCCUGGGGAACUCCAUAUAAAAAACCAAACCAGUACAAAACCAGCUACGUUGUCUACCAUUCACAGACUCCCUAUGUCUUCAUUUCUGCCUCAGUGCUUAAGAGCAACUUGCCUCUGCUGUGUCAGGCCCUGGUUGUUGCUUCCAAUUACCGUGACAUCCGUGAAAUGGAGCUUCGAAGCCAUUCUUUAAACUCCCUCAAAGAUAUUGUGUUUAAGAGAUACAGCCAGAACUUCCAAACUUAUCAUCCAAAACCUCUACAAGAAAGGAGUGUAGCACCAGAAAAUGUAGACUUAAGGAUAAUUAAUGAAAACAAAAGUGAGAAAGAAAGAAUACAAAGAGUGACUCGGGAAAUUUUUGGUGAUGGUCCCCAACCAAAGCUCGAAAUUGCACAAUAUAAGCUUGAGACGAUGUUUAAAAGUGAUCCUAAAAUGGGUGUUUUGAAUAGAAAAGAACCAUUCAGAUGUCUGGUCAAGUUUUCUAGUCCACAUCUCCUAGAAUCGCUGAAAUCCUUGGCACCAGUGGGUAUGGCUGAUGCACCACUUUCACCACUACUUACGUGCAUACCACAAAAAGCUAGGAAUUAUUUUAAAAUCAGAGAAAAAACAAAUUUUUCAGGAAACUUUGUAAGCCCUUAA